AUGUCGUUCCGUUUUGUUGCGCCAAUUCAUCCCCGUGAGCCCUCAAGCAGUGCACUCCCCAAGCGCACGAAGCGCUCGGCUGCUUGCACGGCUUGCAAGGCGAGACGGUCUCGGUGUGGCGGGGGAUUUCCCUGCGACAGGUGUCUCGAGAGCGGCAGCGAAUGCGUCUUCGCGGGUCUUGACCGGCGAAGAAAGUGUGCCCAGCGACGAAUGGAGCAGGAGCUCGACACGGUACAGAGACAGUUGGACGAAAUCGUUGAGGCGUUUGAUAACCGUGACUAUGAGAAGCUUGGAAAGAUAAUCGACAGGGUGAAGGAACUGCGUGCUGGGUAUGGCGAGGGCCGACGAGACCAGGAGAUCACGGGCAAUCGCGCAACUUCAGACGGGCUCCAGUCAGAUCCCAGAGCCCUCGGGGACACACGAAGAUGCAGCUCUCCGUCCUCCUCGUCCCCCUCGUCCGUCGGAUCACUCGACGAGGUCGAUACCCUGACCGAAGACCCGAACCGCACCGAGGAAAGCAGAGCAGCGGGGUAUAUUGGCAAAGAGUCUGAGAUAGCAUGGAUGCAGAAACUCGAGACCGAGGCUUGCAAGAUGGAAGGCGGACAGGAUAAGAUGACUGAGGAGUCUAUCGCGUCUAUGAGCUACCAUGUCGACAAUCUCUACCUCACCGAUCCAGCACCCGUUGAUCCCAGGCUCUUACCACCGCAGCCGUGGGCAGAGAGUCUCGUAAAAAUCUAUUUUGGCUCGAUCGCCCCGUCUUUCCCUCUCCUCAACAGGACACUGUUCAUGUCCCAGUUUGAGGCCGCUUAUUCUGGCUCGGCUUACCCCACCAGUAAAUGGCUGGCUGUGCUGAACCUGGUUUUUGCUAUUAGCGCAAAGUACUAUCAACUGGCCGAGCCUGUCGCUGGCAGGGACGUCGACGAUCGUAUCUUCCUAUCAAGAGCCUUGUCCCUCCGUUCACCGCAUCACCUAGUGCUUGACCAUGCAGACCUGCACCAGGUCCAGAUCGAUCUCUUACUGGCCAUCUACUACCUCGCCUCGGGCCAGGUGAACCGGUCAUGGCGGGUGAACGGCAGCGCCGCACGCUCGGCGCUCUGCCUGGGCCUGAAUCUCCGUGCAUUCAGCGAGCACAUCGAUCCAGUUUCGAAGGAAACAAGGACGCGUAUCUGGUGGGCCAUCUUCUCCCUUGAGCAUCUACUUUCUAGCAUGACCGGCCGCGUACCUUGUCUAGACCACCGUGCCAUGUCGCUGUAUCCGCCUGUCCCGUAUGACGAGGACGACUUCGACCAUCCUGAGCUGAAGACAAUCCUCGGAAUGACUGAACAGCGUGAAAAACGGCUCCAUUAUACAAUAUAUGCUACCAACGAGGAGCUAGCCAAACUCACUGCUUGGCUGCGAUCCAUAGAGCCGAACGGGUCUCUCUUCUUCUUUCACCUCGUCGACCUAUCGAUCAUUACCCAUGCCGCCGUGAUGGCCAUCUACAGCCUGCAAUCGACUCGAGAGAGUCACAGCGGCCUCGGCCAAUCCGAGAUCCCGCGCUACCAGUCGAUGCUCCAAUCGUGGGUCUCCAAUCUGCAUCCGGCGUUCGCAUUUACGGAUAAGGACAUGGAGCCCAGUCUCUCUCGGGACUCCCGCGCACAAGUUAGCCUGGCCUUAUCCUACUACAGCUCCCAGAUCAUCCUCAGUCGCCCGUGCCUCACGCGCCCAGACCUCAAAGAAGGGACAAAUAUCCGCUUCCCACGCUCGCGGUUCGGAAAUAACACCGCGAGAACGUGCAUCCACUCCGCCCUCUCGCUCAUCUCCGUCCUCCCCGACGAGCCAGAUACGACGUGGAUGCUGAAAAAGUCACCAUGGUGGUGCAUACUUCACUAUAUCAUGCAAGCGCUCACGGUGUUGUUGAUCCAGAUCUCCGUCGGCUUUGUCCCAGACGACGUCGGAAAGGGCAGAAAGAAAAAAGGCCACGAGGCCGAGGAAAGCAACCAAGACCGAAGCGAGGGGAUUGCACCCGAGGCCGUCUGGAAUGCGUCUAAGAAGGCUCUCCGCUGGCUCCAUUUCAUGGCGGACCUGGACCCGAGCUGGCACCGGGCUCAUGAGAUAAGCGAGGGGUUUCUAAGGCGGAUUGCGAAGGCGAAAGAUCUGAAUAUGGACUUUCUACCGGGGAUUCGACAGGAAUCCCAGAUGUCUGGCUUUGAUUACAGAGGGCCUGGGCAUGAGAUGGGCGGGGGUGGGAGUGCCAGAAAGCAAUCAUCGUCAUCUGGUCUGUUGCAUGAGGAACCCAUGAAUUGGGGCCCCGACUGUACUAUGUCCGAGGGAGAUUACGGACAAGAGCAUCAACAGCAUCCGUUUGUGUUGGAUCCAACCCUGUUCUCGGUGGUUUAG